AACACUUGAGCUUGGCUGCCUUGGGCCAUGGGCCCAUUUCCAUUCUUCUUCUUCGACCCUUUUCCCUCUACCCCGCUCUCGCUCUCUCUCUCUACAGUAGCGCUAGUUUACUCACGCAUCGACUGUAUGCCUCCACUUGUAAAUAUUUAUCAUUGCAGCUAUGGCGGAACAUUCAAACAUUGAAGCCGGGAGAAUAAGAAGAAGAAGCGAUAUUGAAAGCAUGAGAUGUCCUCACUGCGCCGGCCCUCUUUCCAAAGAGAUGGAGACCAGUGACUGGACUGUUCCGCUGCUAAUUAGGGAUAGCUUUUCUAUGAUAGGAUCGGCUGUUGGUGGCACUGCGGUGGCCUUUUAUGGCUUCAACCAUGCCACGCCAAUUGUUCAGAGGUGGAUCAAAGGACCUAUGUGG